AUGUCAACAAAUCUAGUGCAUGCACCUGUUCCGACUCCUCUCGCUGAAGGGACACUUGUUACCCUCUCCCGAGAGAUAACCGGAAAAUAUAAGUACGAUGGCCAAGAUGCUACGCAGACGCUCCCGCCCGGGACACAAGUUGCUAUUGGGAAGUCCAUGGAACUUGCCCAUACCCGAGUGUCUACAGGUCUACCAGGCGGACGACCUGAUGGUUUCAUGUAUACGCUAUAUGUUGAGUUACCAGACAAAACUUGGUGGACUUUCCUGUCCGACGGAGUAGUUAUUGGAGGGAGAAACAAAAAUAUUCCUCAUAAGCUUUUAUCCAAAGAGCCUACAUCGAAAAAGACGAAGACCAGUCCCGCCGUAGUGGGAACAUACUUAACCGACAGAUUUUUUAGGCCCAACGAGAUGCCAUAUUUAAGAGGUGACCACACCUACAAUGCAGGUAGAAAUGGCACGGGCCCCGGUUCAACCAUUACCCUCACUCUUGGAGAUCGUAUAGUCAUAUCCUCUGAUGCACAUAGCAACAAUGCUUCCCUCAAGAUAUCGGUACCGCCGACUCGGAUGCCAACGCCGAAAAAUCUACAGGAAGCUCACUAUCAUUUCUCUGCAACACAGCGUGGAGAGAAGGUUAUUCCUGUCUGGACAUCUGAAAUUUUCUGUAUCGAGGGUGUCGAUUUUACCGUCAAUCGCCAGUAA